GAUGGGAAAGGUGCUCCUUUUGGUUUUGGCCACAGUGCUGCUGUCUUCCGCAUUUGUCACAGCGCAGGUGAAGCCAAGUACAGAGAUCGGUCGGGUUACUGUCCAAGUGCCGUUGCUGUCGAAUGGAAAGCCCGUUAUGACCCAGGAUAAGGAUAAGGAUCUGGUGGAGGUGGCGCAUGUGGUGGAGCUGAAGCCGGGCAAGGUGGUAGGCGAGGAGGUGCUGGUGCCACCCACAGUUAAAAUGCCGCCGGCCAAGGUGCGAAAUAUGAGAGCUAUUGUCGAAACGGUGAAUCCUGGAGUACCCAAUCAUAAUAUACCCAAUCCUGGCGUACCACAUCAUGGUAUACCUAACCCGGGAGUCGAGAGCCACGGCUUGCCCAACCCUGGCGUAUCCAAGCCAGGUGUCCCCAAUGUAGGUGUCCCCAAUCCAGGUAUCACCCAACCGGGAAAUCCAAAUUCUGGCACACAAAGCCCCACCUCGGAAGUUCAACCAGUUGUCGUUGCACCACCUAGCACCACGCAUACACCAGAUGUGUCGACCAAACACAUGCCAUCCAAGAACUGUCAUCAGCUGCUAUUGGCUGGCACCACAGGCCCAUCCGUUGCGUUGCCAGUUCCGCCGACUCCCGUGGAGAGCUGCGAUAAGCUGUGCACCAAGUUUGAGCUGAAUCCGAUUUGCGCCCAUAACGGCAUCUGCAUUCAUGAGUUUCCCAAUCAAUGCAUCAUGGACACUUUCAAUUGUAAGCAUCGCGAUUUGUCCUUCCGUGCCGUGGAUGAGGAUAUCUGCCGCAUGGGCUUGUGCGCUCGUCGCUGCAAGGAGGAGGAUCUUAAGAUGUAAGCUUGGUUGGUGCCUGAAACUAAAUACAACUUCUGUCAUA